UUUCCCUCCAUUAAAUCUCUGGUCUUUUCAGCUAUUCUCUCUCUAACUUUUCAUUUCUUCUUCUUCCGGCCAAAGUUUGUAGUUUUAUCGCUAAUAAUGCCGACCAAACGGACUGUAUCGACCAGAUCGGCGACCAAAAACGCUUCUUCAUCCUCUGCCAAGUCGAAAAGAUUGAAGGAACAUCAAGAUAAUCCGCCGCUUGAAGAGCUUGAAGUAGCUGAUGAAACUGAAACUGGAGUAUGGGCACAACCUACUGUUAAGAAGUCGGAAAACUCUGACUUGAUUGAUAACACUCCGGUUAAAGAAGAAGAAGAAUUGGAUUUAGUUGAAGAUGAUGUAACCGAUAAUUCUCGUGCAUCGAUUAAAGAAGAAGACGUUGAUGAGAAUGAUGAGGAUGAUGAUGAAAGUCGAUUCACUGGUUCUCAUAUUCCUUUGGCGGAAGCACGGAAACGAUGGCCAUAUCGUUACCAGGGACAUACGACGAAAAAUAAGGCUACUUAUCCAGAGAUUGCAGAUUUAAAUAAUGAAUCGGAUGAGAUCAUUCAAGCCAAACGUCAUUACAACAGUGCUAUCGUGGAUAACAGUAUUGUAUGCAACGUUGGAGACGAUGCCUAUGUUAAAGGUGAAGUGGAAGGAUACGACUAUAUCUGUCGUAUCAUUGAGAUGUUUGAAGCAAAAGAUGGUUCACUCUAUUUUACAGCUCAGUGGUAUUAUAGGGCAAAAGAUACUGCUAUCAAAGACCAUGCAAAAUUCAUUCAUCAUAAGCGAGUCUUCUUCUCGGAGAUAAAGGAUGAUAAUCCUUUAGGAUGUCUUGUAUCAAAGCUUCAUAUUUUACGAUUGCCAUUGACGAUGGACUCAUGUAUUGAUGAGGCAACAAUUGCAAAAUGUGACUAUUAUUGUAAUACAAUGUAUUUUCUACCUUAUACAUCAUUUGUUAAAUUGCCAAUCGAAAAAGUGCGAGUGGAAAAUGAAUCAGAGUCAACCAUCUCCAGUGAUAAUGACGUUGUUGAUGAUGCUUCUAAAGACGAGGUUAAUAAGAAAGAUGGCGAGUUAGCAUUGUUAGAUCUUUUUGCUGGAUGUGGUGCAAUGUCAACUGGUCUAUGCCUUGGUUCUAAUAUUAGAGGGGUUAAUCUUGUUAAUAAAUGGGCUAUUGAUAUCAACAAAUAUGCUUGCGAGAGUCUUAAAUAUAACCACCCUGAAACUCAGGUGAGAAAUGAAUUUGCGGAAGAUUUUCUAAAUCUGCUAAAGGAGUGGCUGAAGCUAUGUGACUCCUUUAACUUGACUGGGAAGAACAGAUCAGAUGUUCAAUAUGUUAAGCCUGAAACCGAAGAUGAUGAAGAUACAGAUGAUGAUGAUAAAGCUAAUAAUAAUGAAGAGAUUUUUGAAGUUGAUGAAAUUCUUGAAAUUUGCUAUGGUGAUCCCAGUGAUAGAAAAAAUCAGGGUCUGUUCUAUAAGGUUAAAUGGAAAGGCUACGGUUCAGAUUUUGAUUCAUGGGAGCCAGCAGAAGGCUUGAGUGAGUGUGUGGAGUCAAUAAAGAAGUUUGUUGUAAAUGGGUAUAAAUCAAAGCUUCUACCAUUACCUGGUGAUGUUGAUGUUUUAUGUGGAGGACCUCCUUGCCAAGGAAUAAGCGGUUUCAAUAGAUUUAGAAAUAAAGAAAACCCUCUGGAUGACGAAAAAAAUAAACAGCUUGUUGUCUAUAUGAACUUAGUUGAGUUUUUAAAACCAAGAUUUGUUCUAAUGGAAAAUGUGGUUGAUAUUCUACGAUUUGCUGGUGGGUUUCUUGGUCGGUAUGCUUUGGGUCGCCUUGUGGGCUUACACUAUCAAGCUCGAAUAGGCAUGAUGGCAGCUGGUGCUUAUGGUUUGCCUCAAUUUCGAAACAGGGUCUUUUUAUGGGGUGCUCGUUCUAAUGAGAAAUUGCCUCAGUAUCCUCUACCCACUCAUGAUGUUGUUUCUAGAGGUGUCAUUCCAAGUGAAUUCGAGGGGAGUGUUGUUGCACAUGAAGCUAAUAGUAAAGUUACACUAGGGAAAGCACUUUUUCUAGAAGAUGCAUUUUCUGAUCUCCCUAAGGUUGAGAAUGAUGAACAAAGGGAUGUUAUGCCAUAUGGUGAUGAUCCGAAAACUGAAUUUCAGAAAUUCAUUAGACUAAAAAGAGAAGAGAUGUUAGGGCAUCAUGUAAACACAGGAGUGAAAGCUGAACAUGCGCUCUUUGAUCAUCGACCGCUUCAAUUGAACAACGAUGACUACCAGCGAGUGUGUCAAAUUCCAAAGCAUAAGGGUGCAAACUUUAGGAAUCUAAAAGGUGUUAGGGUUCGUGACGACAAUAAAGUAGAAUGGGAUCCUGAAAUCGAAAGAGUUUAUCUACCUUCUGGAAAACCAUUGGUUCCAGAUUAUGCCAUGUCUUUUAUUGGUGGAACUUCUUCCAAACCCUUUGCAAGAUUAUGGUGGGAUCAAACAGUGCCCACAGUUGUCACCAGGGCUGAGCCACAUAAUCAGGCUAUAUUGCAUCCUACCCAAGAUAGAGUUCUGACAAUUCGCGAAAAUGCAAGAUUGCAAGGGUUUCCAGAUUACUAUAGGCUUUUUGGUCACAUUAAAGAAAGGUAUAUUCAGGUUGGAAACGCGGUUGCGAUUCCUGUUUCUCGAGCUCUAGGAUACGCGCUGGCUUCAGCAAUGUUGGGGGAUAACGAUGGACGACCUCUAUGUACCUUGCCUAAUAAUUUUCCCAAUGUUAUCGAAGAAGUCCCAUCCGCUGAUGAAUAAGAUGUUGUUCGAGUUUAAUAAUUGAAUUGGUAUUGGAUUUGUGGAAAUCUUGAAAUCCUAUUGUUGUUGGAUUAAAACAAUUUGACUAUUAUUUGACUUGUUGCUGUAUUCUUAGUGAUAAAACAUCAUUUUGGUUCUUAUUAAAUCUUUGAUUCUUACA